AGAAAUAAAUAUGAAUGAAUGCAGCUUUGAUGGCCACAUUUGGUCUACACUCAGGCAUACCAAGGCCAAGCAUAGCCAGCUUAUGGCCAGCUGUUGGCGUUUCGUCUGAAGUGUUUACGGUGUUAACGCCCACAGCGAAACUGCAAGUUCGGGGACCAUGACUACGUUGGACAUUCGGCUGAAGAAAGUAAAUAAGGUGUACCACGAAGGCGAGACAGUGGCUGGAGUUGUGAUUGUGGAAAGCAAGACGGAGACCAAGCAUGAGGGCCUAACGCUGUGGCUCGAGGGCACUGCCAGCAUGCAGCUCAGUGCCAAAAAUGUCGGCAUCUUUGAGGCGUUCUAUUCAUCCGCCAAGCCUGUGCAGCUUAUUGGCUACUCGCUCGAGAUAGCUAAGGCUGGCCGCCUGCCCGCUGGCCGCACCGAACUGCCCUUCGAGCUCCCCCUGAGACCUCGACCAGGCCGAACAUUGUACGAGACUUACCAUGGAGUCUUCAUCAACAUCCAGUACCUCUUGCGAUGUGAGAUGAAGAGAUCACUGCUGAGCAAGGAUGUUCAGAAAACACUCGAGUUCAUUGUUGAGUUGCAGGAAGGCGCCGAGAAGGCAACACCAGUUCCGGUUAACAUCAACAUCACACCGGAAUCACUACAGAAUGUUCGAGAUCACUCGAGAGUGCCUCGGUUCCUCAUCAAAGGACGGAUUGACAGCACCUGCUGCUGCAUCACCAAGCCCUUCACUGGAGUGCUAUCCGUGGAAAACUGCGACUCUGCCAUCCGGUCCAUUGAACUCCAGUUAGUGAGGGUGGAGACAUGCGGCUGCGCCGAGGGCUACGCUCGUGAUGCCACUGAGAUCCAGAACAUCCAGAUUGGGGAGGGCGACGUGUGCCGAGGCAUUGACAUUCCUAUCUACAUGGUUUUCCCAAGACUCUUCACCUGUCCUACGCUCAUCACCAACAACUUCAAGAUAGUUCCCGAGAUCGUGAAAAGCCAGAACUCACCAAUUUGCUUCUCCAAGACCAUGUCGACUGCUCAAAAGUUUGCUUACUUUUUGCUCACGAACAUUGCAAUUCGGUCGCACCGGGACAUGUUCUUUGCAACGCUAACCCUAAAAGCCUACUUCGCCCAGACAUGAAGACCGCAGUGGGUC